UCUAGUUUAGUGUCGUCUUCAACAGUAGUUGUGGGGAUGGCAUUUAGUCAAUUUUACCAUACUUGUUUCGCUUAACCCGAUCCACCAUAGCGCUACUGACAUGUGUCGGGCCUAUCAGAACCGCCUCCCUCCUCUCUCAGCGAGAGCAUCUUUCUCUGACGUCAUGACAGCUGCAUCAGCUGUGAGCCCGAGCCCUUCAGCUUGUAAAGGACCUUUUAUCUUACCACCGCUGCUCGGAAAACGGGAAUAUAUAUGAGAUUUUCCAUAAGCCCUGAAAUGGCUACACAGGAGGUACAACCGAAUGAGACUCUCUCCAACCUAAAAGCGGAAUCAGACACGCUGAAGACGAAACUCGAGGACGAAAGAGCGAAGCUGCACGAUGUCGAACUGCACCAGGUGGCGGAGAAGGUCGAUGGACUGGGCCAGUUCAUCAUGAAGACCCGGCGGACCCUAAAGGGACAUGGUAACAAAGUGCUCUGUAUGGAUUGGUGUAAAGACAAAAGAAGAAUCGUCAGCUCUUCACAGGAUGGAAAAGUGAUUGUAUGGGACGCUUUCACCACCAACAAGGAGCACGCGGUGACCAUGCCGUGCACAUGGGUGAUGGCUUGUGCCUACGCCCCGUCUGGAUGUGCGGUGGCCUGCGGCGGUCUGGACAACAAGUGCUCUGUGUACCCUCUGUCCUUGGACAAGAACGAGAACCUGGCGGCGAAGAAGAAGUCUGUCGCCAUGCACACCAACUACUUAUCAGCCUGCAGCUUUACCAACUCUGACAUGCAGAUCCUGACAUCGAGUGGGGACGGAACCUGCGCAUUAUGGGAUGUGGAGAGUGGUCAGCUGUUGCAGAGUUUCCACGGACACGCCGCUGAUGUUCUGUGUUUGGACUUGGCCCCAUCUGAGACAGGCAACACCUUUAUCUCUGGGGGCUGUGACAAGAAGGCCAAUGUAUGGGACAUGCGCUCAGGCCAGUGCAUUCAAUCUUUCGAGACCCACGAAUCGGACAUAAACAGCGUCAGGUACUACCCCAGCGGAGAUGCAUUCGCCUCAGGCUCUGAUGACGCGACGUGUCGUCUAUAUGACCUGAGGGCUGACAGAGAAGUGGCCAUUUAUUCCAAAGAGAGCAUCAUAUUUGGGGCCUCCAGCGUUGACUUCUCUCUCAGCGGCCGGCUGCUGUUCGGUGGCUACAACGACUACACAAUCAACGUGUGGGACGUCUUGAAGGGCACAAGGGUGUCCAUCUUGUUCGGCCAUGAGAACCGUGUCAGUGCGCUGCGUGUGUCUCCAGACGGAACAGCCUUCUGCUCGGGGUCCUGGGACCACACCCUGAGGGUCUGGGCUUAAGGAAAAAGAAAAAACGACGCAGAAGAGAAACUGACCAAGUGAAUUUAUUUGCUUGGUAGAUGAAGCCAGUGUAAACCAACAGAUACCGUGUUCUACUCUGGUUAGAUACUGCCACAGACACCACAGACUAAGAUAGAGAUGUAACGUAGAGGCAUGGUAAAAGGCAGGCGUGUGUAAAUACUCAGUCUUGCUGUAGUGUGUCUCAAAGUAUGUUUAGAACAUGGUACUCUGCACCAUCCUCGUAACCACAAACGGAGACACAUUUAUUACAAGCUUUAACAAUGUAUCACAUUAAGUAUUUUAGAUCACAGUGAAUGGAUCCUAUGGAAAUGCACAUCGCACACACAAAACAAGGAUGUAUAGCUACUCUAGUCUGAGGUAGAUGAUGAUCAUUUACUUGCAUGGGGUUUGAUAAGAAUAUAGUGUUGAAGAAUGUCUUCAGUAGCAUCAUGUAAAAAUAUGUAGAAAGAUGUUAUAGGCAAGUGGUCUCAGAGAUUGUGAUGCAAUGCUCAGAUAUGAAACGUCUAUACUUCACGGUUGAAAUAUUGACAUUUGGAGAACAUGCCUGAGGACCAGUCAUCUUGGUUAAUGCAAUCCUGAAACUCUUCGUGGACUUUAAUUUUUCUGUCCUUCAUCUCCUGUCAGACUGUGCAAUUCACAUGUUGCUUGAGAUGUGAACGACAGAUACUGUUACCUAGUUAACCUAAUUAUACAAGAAUGUGUGAAUACAAAUGCACUGAUUUAAAUUGGUAGAUUUACGUACUCCUGUUUGAGCAAUUGUUCUGAUGGUCGUAAUUUUAUAAUUUGUUGUAAUUAUUAUAGCAUAUUGUAGUUAAGUGUACAUACAAGUGAUACCAGAAAAUAUUCACCUACACCAUGGAAAUUAAAUUAAUUUUGAUUAUCGA